AUGCAUGUGAUCAGUUCUGGGAUAGCCACUGAGAAAUCAUCAUAUCCAGAGGCUGCUAUUCACUCCCUAAGUGCCAGUAAAUCAUGUGAGGAGGUUAUGACCCCACACAGCUAUGAUGAUCUCUUUGAGCCCCUGCCAAAUGCCUACGUGCAGGAGCUCUGUGGGAUUCAAACACUGAUACCACAGAAACGCAUGAGUAUUCUGAGUCUGGACACCAUUCGCAGGGACCCACGCUGGAGGGACCCAAAUCUCAAAGAGGUUAUUAUGAUGCUCGGCCAUCCUGUUGACGCAGUCAAGUCCAACGCUGCCGCAUACCUGCAGCACCUGUGCUACGAGAAUGACAAGGUUAAGCAGGAUGUGCGGCAGCUCAGGGGCAUACCGGUGCUGGUUGGACUGCUUGAUCACCCUAAGAAUGAAGUCCACCGGAAGGCAUGUGGUGCCCUACGCAAUAUUUCCUUUGGCAAAGACCAUCUCAACAAGGUGGCCAUUAAUAACUGUGAUGGCAUUCCUGCACUGCUUAGACUGCUGAGAAAGUCCAGCGAUAUGGAGGUCAGAGAAUUGGUCACAGGAACACUCUGGAACCUCUCUUCUCAUGAGCCAAUCAAAAUGAGUGUUAUCAGCCAUGGGCUUCAGACACUCACAGAGGAAAUCAUCAUCCCUCAUUCUGGGUGGAAGGGAGACCACAGUAGUCACUCUGCAUCACGAGCCCCAGACUGGACCAUAGUCUUUAAGAAUACAUCUGGAUGUUUAAGGAAUGUAAGCUCUGAUGGUGCUGAAGCUCGCCAAAGGCUGCGUGAGUGUGAGGGUCUAGUGGGCACUCUGUUAUAUGUCCUUCACUCAGCUGUGGUUAAGAAAGAUACGAACAACAAGUCAGUGGAAAACUGUGUUUGCGUUUUACGGAACCUUUCUUACCACGUCCACAAAGAGGUACCAGAGGCAAAGAAAUCUCACAGCCAAGCUGGAAAUUAUGGAUUUAAAUCAGGGAGCCACCAAAAGAAGAAGGACAAGACAGACUGCCUUGGUGGACGAAGUGCUAAAGAGGACUGGUUCAGUCUUGCCAGAAGACAUGGAACGAGUGACAAAAAUUAUAGCGCUCUGGACAUGCCCAAGUGCUCUAGGCCCAUGAGAGGAGUGGAGCUACUUUAUCAACCAGAGGUGGUGAGACUUUACCUGGCUCUCCUCAAACACAGUCAGAACCAGUACACCCUGGAGGCUGCAGCAGGGGCCCUCCAAAACUUGUGUGCAGGACACUGGGCUUGGUCGAAUUAUAUUCGAGCAACAGUGCGUAAGGAGAAGGGUCUGCCAGUUCUUGUUGAACUGCUCCACUCAGAUGCAGACAAAGUAGUACGGGCCAUAGCCAUUGCCCUACGCAACCUGGCCAUCGACCAGAGAAACAAAGAUCUAAUUGGAAGUUAUGCAAUGAGAGGCUUGGUUGGCAAUCUGCCCAGUGGUCAGCAAAGGCCAGCCAAAAACCUUGAAGGGGACACAGUUGUUGCAGUCCUCAACACUAUACAUGAAGUUAUAAAAGAUAACCUUGAGAAUGCACGCUUUCUGGUUCAGGGUCAAGGGAUCCAGAAGCUGGUAGCCAUCAACAGGACAAGUCAGUGUGUACGGGAGACCAGAGCAGCAUCUCAUGUGCUCCAGACUGUGUGGGCUCACAAAGAUCUUCGUCAGACUCUUGUCAAGGGUGGCUGGAUUAAAAGUCACUUCAAGCCUGGAGUGCCAGGGCAAUCCAAAAGACUUAAGAAUGGUAAACCUGGUUCUGAUGACAUCGCAUUGCCCUUAAUGGAGAAAAACCAAGAUGGGUACAGCACCAUUGAGCGACUUGAUAGAGCAGUGGAUGAGCCAUGCCAGAUAAUUGAACAAGAGGUUUUCCAGGCUGUUAGUGACAAGAGGCACUUCAUCAGAAACUCAAGGCCAGCUGUGGGCUUAGUGGAGCGGAAUCCUCAACCUCUUGACUCUUGGGUCUGA